AUGUCGAUCUCGAGACGGCUCCAGAAAGAGCUAGCGGAUAUUCAAGGGUCCGGCGCCAAACCCUACAGCUCGGUCGAGUACAACGAAAGCAAUUUGCUACAUUGGACAGUGUUGUUGCAUCCCGACAAGGAGCCUUACUCAAAGGGAGCUUUCCGAGUGCAAAUCGAUUUCCCAGCCGACUACCCAUUCAAGCCGCCAAAGCUGACGUUCUUGACGAAGAUCUAUCAUCCAAACAUUGACGAGCAAGGACAAAUCUGUCUUGGAAUCGUUCAUCCGGACAACUGGAAACCAGCGACUCGCACCGAGCAAGUGCUCAUGGCUCUUCUUCAACUCAUCAACGACCCCGAGCCCGACCAUCCUCUUCGUGCUGAGCUCGCCGAGGAGUUCCAGAAGGAUCGGAAGAAGUUUCUCAAAAACGCCGAAGAAUUCACCAAGAAGCACUCGGAAAAGCGCACCGAC